CCCCAGAGUCUGGCCUUUUGAUACACAGAAGAUGUUCACGAGAGCACGCAAUAUCGCAUGCACUGUUCAACUGAGAGAUGACGACGGGGAGAACGCACAGCCACUUACUUGUAUCUAUGGGCGGAGUGGACUGUUGGUCAGUGGUGCCACCUGUUGUGUUUUGCAUCACACAACCAACCCGGCUUGGUAUGAUGAGAUAAAGUUUCGUCUACCUGCCAAGCUAACAUCUCAACACCACCUGCUGUUUACGUUCACUCAUAUCUCUAUCGAGGGCUCAAAAAAACGAGACACAGGACCAGAGAACCCAGUUGGGUAUGCUUGGAUGCCUCUUCUGCCAAAAAGGAAGACUCACAUGGACCUUCACAGCUACCCCACACGCCAUGCCUCUAGAUUUGUCCUACCCCAACAUAGAACAGCCCUCUUCGAGAAAAAACCGUCAUACGUAGGCCAAAAACUGAAAAACCUCCUUCCAGACCACUUCCGGACCCUGACUGGCAACAGACUGAAGAGCUUGCUUAAAGAAUUCCUGUUGAAGAAUCCUGUGUACAAGAUAGAAGAGUUCCUGGAAUUAAUGAACUCAUCUCCUUAA